CUCUUGUUUUGAAGGUCAGAGGCGGAACUCACGCGCGAUCCUUGUAAUGUAUUCGGGACAGUUAGCCAAAUAGCCGGAGCACACUUACGCUGUCCGCCGCUUCGAAGUCACUCUUGUGCGGGGACAAGAGCAACAUUUAAAGACUUCUGACAGCUCGGAGUGACUGCCAUGACAUCCCGGAGGUGGUUCCACCCCAACAUCACCGGAAUCGAAGCAGAACAGCUCUUGUUGACCCGGGGUGUCCACGGCAGUUUCCUGGCUCGGCCCAGCAAGAGCAAUCCCGGGGAUUUCACCCUUUCAGUCCGGCGCAACGAUGAGGUGACCCACAUCAAGAUCCAGAACUCCGGGGACUUCUAUGACCUGUACGGGGGCGAGAAGUUCGCCACUCUGGCCGAGCUGGUGCAGUACUACACUGAACAACAGGACCUGUUGCGCGAGAGGAACGGCCAUGUCAUCGAGCUCAAGUACCCGCUUAACUGCAAAGACCCCACGUCAGAGAGGUGGUACCACGGCCACCUCUCUGGCCGAGAGGCUGAGAAACUGCUGACCGAAAAAGGAAAAGCCGGCAGCUUCCUGGUUCGAGAGAGCCAGAGCAAACCGGGCGACUUUGUCCUCUCGGUUCUCACCCACGAAGAGAAGCAUGAGAACCUCGACCGCAAGACCAAGGUCACCCACGUGAUGAUACGCUACCAGCAGGAUGGAAAAUAUGACGUAGGUGGUGGCGAGAGGUUCGACACCCUGGCAGAUCUGGUGGACCACUACAAAAAGAACCCUAUGGUGGAGAAGAGCGGUAUCGUAGUGCACCUCAAACAACCCUUUAAUGCCACAAGGAUAAAUGCGGCUAACAUUGAGAAUCGAGUACAAGAGCUCAACAAAGUAGCAGACAAUUCAGAAAAGCCCAAACAAGGAUUUUGGGAAGAAUUUGAGGUACUUCAACAACAAGAGUGCAAGCUACUGUAUCCCCGGAAGGAAGGCAUGAAACCAGAAAACAAGAGUAAAAACAGAUACAAGAAUAUCCUCCCUUUUGACACGACUCGGGUUGAAAUUCGAGACGCAGAUCCAGAUGUUCCUGGUUCAGAUUACAUCAACGCCAACUACAUUAGAGGUUCGCGGGAAGAGGGGCGCCAGGUGGAUGACGAAAAAUUCUUCAUCGCCACCCAAGGGUGCCUACAGAAUACAGUUAGUGACUUCUGGAAGAUGGUGCAUCAAGAGAACACACACGUCAUUGUCAUGACCACCAAGGAGAUGGAGAGAGGACGGAACAAAUGUGUCCGUUACUGGCCCAACCUUCACGCCACCGUGGAGUUUGGAAGGGUGCUGGUGAGGAACGUGGACGAGCGACCGUCUCAGGACUACAUCCUUAGGAAGUUGGAGGUGACCCGUCUGGACCGGAGAGAACCUCUGAGGUAUAUCUGGCAUUACCAAUACCUGAGUUGGCCAGACCACGGAGUUCCCAACGAGCCAGGAGGAGUCCUUUGGUUUCUGGAGGAGGUCAACCGAACCCAGAAGACCAUUCCAGAAUCUGGUCCCAUUGUCGUCCACUGCAGUGCUGGCAUUGGCAGGACGGGCACCAUUAUUGUCAUUGACAUCCUCAUUGAUAUUAUUAACCGCCAAGGCCUAGAUUGUGAUAUUGACAUCCCAAAGACCAUCCAGAGGGUCCGCCAGCAGAGGUCCGGCAUGGUACAGACAGAGGCCCAGUACAAGUUCAUCUACAUGGCGGUGCAGCAGUACAUAGACACAGUGCAGAAAAGACUGGAAGAAGAGCAGAGGAGUAAAAUGAAGGAGAGAGAGUACUCCAACAUCAAGUAUCCUCCCAUGGCCAACUCGAGGUCCAAACUCAACAUGGCGUCGUCGCGCUCUUCGUCUGUAAUGACUAACGACGAUUCUUCAAGUGUGUACGAGAACAUCAACUUUAAAAGCCCGCAGACGUCCUUCAGCAGUAACACGAGGAGGUAAAACCAGUGCUGCGGACCUCCCAGUGUUUCUGCAAGCUUCCCUUGUCAGCAGAGGCCUCAUCUUCUGCCCAAAAUCCCUCCAGUGUGGAGGGGGGCGUCGGGAGCGCGGCGCAGUGCCUAAAGCCCACACGGACUGCGGUGAGCGCGUACCCUCUCAGGCCGGUCUGGAGUUAGACCGCCGAGAACAAGGAGGACUUGUCAGGCAUUGCGCGCGGCCCCCUCUUUCUUUCCUACGGCUCUGCUGCUGCCUCCAAAGUCUUUCCCGCUCUUAAUCAGUGAAAGUGCCUUGUUGCCUGUAAUCAAUGCCGUUGCAUCUCUGUUCUGACUUGGAAGAUGAGUAUUCAAGAAGGAGUCAUGCCACCGCAAAAAUGUCAGAUUGGACCCCAGAAAACAUCAAAGCAAGCUCAACUCGCAGACAUCCUAUGCUGAAGCUGCUGCUGUUUCUCUGUCAUCUCAUAAAUGUGGACGGGGACGGUAUCGGUCUUAACAAGUCACCAACAUCUGUUCUUGUAUUGUUUCUUCUCAUUUUUGCUUCCCACUGAAUUUUCAUUUGUGAUCAUUCAUGGAAAGGUUUAAUGUAAAAAAAAAAACAGAGAGAGAGAGAGAGAGAGAGAGUCACUGUUUUUCACUGGUCACAAUUUUGUGUUGUUCAGCACCUAAAAAUCACAGCAUAGGCCAGAAAUGCUACCUGACAAAAAUUAUGUACUAUGAUAUACUGGUAUUUACAAAGGAUACAAAAGACCAGCGUGGCCAUGCUGAAAAGAAUGUAAGAAUGAAAAAGUACUAUGAGAAGGUAAUUUUUGGGUAGAAUAACAUUGUAAUAGCAUCAAUACGAUCUGCAUUAUUAGAAUGCAAUCAUAAUAUUACUUAAUGUUAUUUUACUAGACCAUUCAAUUAAUAUGAUGAGAUAAAAAAAAGAAUUACAUUUUAAUACUAUGUAAAAAAAUGGAUAAUCUCACGUGGUAAAAAGUCAGAAUAUGACAAAAGAUUAUAAUUUUACACAUUUACUGAACUAUUACAUGAAGAAAAAGUGGGGGGGGGCAGCCAUCAUGUCAUGAAAAUAAUUGUGAUAUUACAUUUUUCUCAUAAUACCAUCAUAUGAGGAAAAAUAUGUACUAUAAUAAGGUUCUUACUGGGGGGGAAUUCAGUGUUCUCCUACGCUAGUUAGAUCAUAGCCAAUAAUCGUCAGGCAGAAGGGAUGAGAAGAUUCCUAAAUAAGAAGUCGCAAUCUCUGGACUUUGUUUGACUUGCUGUCCUUGUUAAUCAUCAAGUCUGAUGCACUUCAACAUCUGCCCUGGGAGGGGGUCACAAGGAAAGUGGUGGGGGGGCGGGGGGGGGGGGCGAUUACAGCGCUCCAGAUGGCCAAGAUUGAAGAAUAGAUUUGUCUCCAAAAAGUAAUUUAGACGAGGGCUAUAAUCCAGGCUUGAUGGCGUACGGCCACAACACUGAUGCGAGAAGGUGCCGUCGUAGCGCUGAACCCUGCGAGCGUGCCAUGACAUAUUUUUAGCCUCUGCUAAUAUAUCUUGGUCAAAAACAAUUGCAGCCACGUUAGUGGGACGUGAUCCGCCUUGUGCAAAAAGUCAUGAAGAGCUCAACGUCUGUGAAAGACAAAGUUAAGCUAACUUCAAGGAUAAAUUCCUCGAAUUUAGAUCAACACCAAAUUAGACACUUUGACGGCCACCAUGUCUAGAUAUUCUCAUUAAAAUUCAGAUUUAAUGACUGAGAAAAAUAAUUAGUGUUCAGGCUCCUGCACAAGGUUUUUCUUCUAAAUGGUCAAGAAAUUUUGCAUACUCCAUGUAACAUUACCUGCUUGGCAGAGACCUCUAUGCUUGAUUUCCAACUAAUGAUCAAAACUGAACCUAAUUAGAGGGGGUUUUUUGAUUCAUAUUUAAUGUUUUUUUUUUUUUAUUUCAUCCUCACACACUGUCUUGACAUGAAUACAGGGAUAGUAGAAGGCAUUUUAUAAAUCACAUUGCGUGUUACGGAUUGAUCUUUUGGCUCUAUGUACUCCUCUCAAUAUUUUGUGCGUUUGGGUAGGAAUGCACAAAAGGCAAUAUUCUAACAUUUAUGUGCACUUUCCCACUCAAAUCUGUUAUUUAUGGAUUAAUUCACCUCUCCAAUUGCAGAGCUUUCCUCUUCAAACAUUCUGCUGGUGGCUCAGGGUAUAUUUUAUCAUUAUUUUAUUUCAUGGUAAUAGCGCAAUGGUGCAUUAAAUGUUAAAUCAUUUGUUUUUAUUUUAUUUAUGUUGGUCGGCAAAUAUGUUCAAAUGACUCUCCCGUAGUCUAGCAGAAGCUCGUUGCAGAACAUCACAGAUACAGAACAGCAGGCACACCCGCUUUUAUAUUGAUGGACCUACAAACAUGUUUGCACAUACAUAAUACACAAUAUUCUGAUUAAAUGACUUUUAUUGGAUUUAUUUCAUACAGAAUGAAAAACGUGUGGUCUCCUUCAAAGUCUUGCGUGUCAGGUAGAGUCUCAGUGGUGACGAAACAACCACUAGGGCAUAUCUCAUAUUUCAAGUGUGCUGUAUUUUAAAAAUUGGCUCCCUGAUUUACAGCCAGCCUCAGCCUCCAAUGACUCACACAUCCGAGGAAGUUGCACACACAUUUCACAGUUAUGGACGACAGGUGUGCCAGAACUUUGAAUGGGGGAAUACGUAAAGCUAUAAUGUGCGCAAGCCAGGUGUGUUAAAAAAAAAAAGAAAUGAGGAAACAGGACCCCAAAUGAAAUGGUUGUCUUUUUCACCCAUUUGGCAGACAGAACCCCCACGUGUGAUUGUGUGAUUUAGUAAAAUCUGUUUCUACUGUACAUCCCUUGGGAUGUAAAAUAGAGUUUACACCUAUUUUAACAUGGGCAAAUCCUUGAUAAAUAAGUGUGAUCCAAUGAAGUGUCGAAGGUGGGAAAAAAUAAUGAGUACUAUCUGACCCUUUAGUCCAGUCCCAUGAAGCUGUUGUGUCAGAGAGCCUUACAUUAAAAACAAUCAAGUUGAUAGUGCGGGCUGCAGUGACAGUCACCUUGUCAUAUUUUGUUUGAAUAUUUUUUGGAAUUUAUUUUCUAGAUUUACAUGGCAUUGCUGCCUUGUGUCUGUUAGAACGACGUCCCUCCCUCCCCCUUUUCCCUCGAAACUGUGGCUUGUGUUUGCUGACUUCAUUGGGAAAUGGUUUGUUCCGUUGCUGUAUUUAUGAACUUUGUCACAAUGUGGCUCUUGUGUUUUGUUUCAUUUAUCUUUCACUUUGCCUCUUUCUCUCUGAUAUGUCGUAAGGUCAAUACUUGAAAGUGUGAAACUGCUGAAUCUUGGACAGUUUUUUUUUCCUCCCCCUCAUUUUAAAAUGUUCAUGAUUUCUAUUUGUUUGAAUUUACACGUAUAUUAUUAUUAUUAUUGUUGUAAAGUUACCUCUGGGUCUGAUAUGAACCAGUGUACGUGGAGGUUUACUUCUCUGCUAGUCCUCGCACUAUUUACUUGAAGAUGUUUGUUUUGGUUUGUUUGUUCCUCUUGUACGUCUGAGGUGGACUCACCUUUUUUCUUGUUGUUGUUGUUGUUCUUGAACUGGCUUCUGCUCAGAGGCCUUCUCGCUGUACAGGCCGCUACCCGCGGAUGCAACAAGUUGCCAUGAGUGGCAACAAUCUGGUUUGUUACAAUAAAUCCUUUGUACGUUAU